CUCCGAGCUCUGGUAGGCUUACAAUGGUACGGCCAGCAUCUUGCAGCACAAUGGUUGCAAGGUGGUGAGCUGGGAGGGAAGAGUGAUUCAGCAUCAGCAAACCUCAGUUUCCGUCCAUUCCUGCUUUUUUUUUCUUUUAGUUGGUUUUCUUUCUUCAUCGCUCCUUCGUCUUUAACAGGAUAAAAUUAAAAAAGACAAAAAAACAAAAAAACGUCUUUUGCUCAUCCGCAUGAACGUGUUUAUUACGCCUCCAGCGAUGGUCACUGCAAUGUUUCUCGUCGGGAUGUUUUGAAAGGGACUGGCUCCGGACUGGGAUCGUCAUCAGCUGGCACGGAAUGGUAUUUAUGAGCAGACAUUUCUUAUAUAACUGCAGCCAACCAGUCCUGGAUGUAAAGAUAGCCUUUUGUCAGGUGUGUGUUCCUUGCAGGUAAAAAAGGGUUUUGGCAAACAAGUGGAUGUGUCAUAUAUUGCCAAACAUUACAACAUGAGCAAAAGCAAAGUGGACAACCAGUUCUACAGUGUGGAAGUGGGAGACUCCACCUUCACAGUUCUAAAGCGGUACCAGAAUUUAAAGCCCAUUGGUUCUGGAGCUCAGGGAAUUGUCUGUGCGGGCUAUGAUGCUGUCCUGGACAGGAAUGUAGCCAUAAAGAAACUGAGCAGACCCUUCCAGAACCAGACCCACGCCAAGAGGGCAUACCGGGAGUUGGUGCUCAUGAAAUGUGUCAAUCACAAAAAUAUAAUCAGUUUAUUAAAUGUCUUCACGCCACAGAAAUCAUUAGAGGAAUUCCAAGAUGUGUACCUUGUGAUGGAGCUUAUGGAUGCCAAUUUGUGCCAGGUGAUUCAGAUGGAGCUUGACCAUGAGAGAAUGUCCUAUCUGCUCUACCAGAUGUUAUGUGGUAUCAAACAUCUGCACUCAGCCGGCAUUAUUCACAGGGAUCUCAAACCAAGCAAUAUAGUGGUAAAGUCUGAUUGCACUCUGAAGAUCCUGGAUUUCGGUCUGGCUAGAACUGCGGGCACUAGUUUCAUGAUGACCCCGUAUGUGGUGACGCGAUACUACAGAGCCCCAGAGGUCAUCCUGGGAAUGGGAUACAAAGAAAACGUGGAUAUUUGGUCGGUGGGGUGCAUCAUGGGAGAAAUGGUGCGCCACAAAAUCCUUUUCCCUGGCCGGGACUACAUUGACCAGUGGAACAAGGUGAUAGAGCAGCUGGGCACGCCCUCUCCAGAGUUCAUGAAGAAGCUGCAGCCCACGGUGAGGAACUACGUGGAGAACCGGCCAAAGUACGCGGGCCUCACCUUCCCCAAGCUCUUCCCCGACUGCCUUUUCCCUGCUGACUCCGAGCACAACAAACUCAAAGCAAGCCAGGCCAGAGACCUGCUGUCUAAGAUGCUGAUCAUCGACCCUGCUAAGCGGAUAUCAGUGGACGAAGCCUUACAGCACCCCUACAUCAACGUGUGGUACGAUCCAGCUGAGGUGGAGGCGCCUCCACCUCAGAUUUACGACAAGCAGCUGGAUGAAAGAGAACACUCUAUAGAUGAGUGGAAAGAACUAAUCUACAAAGAGGUGAUGAACUUUGAGGAAAGAACGAAGAAUGGCGUUGUGAAGGGACAGCCUUCACCUUCAGGUGCAGCCGUGAACAGCAGCGAGAGCCUCCCUCCCUCCUCCUCUAUCAACGACAUCUCCUCCAUGUCCACCGACCAGACCCUGGCUUCAGACACUGACAGCAGCCUGGAGACCUCCGCGGGACCCCUGGGGUGCUGCAGGUGACUAUCCGCCUGCCUGCGCAACCCCAUGUACUUCCGAAGGUGAAGAACCCAACAGAUAUGACCGAUGAAAUUGAAACGAUGUUUAAAAAAAAAAAACCAAAAAAAAAAAAAAAAAAAAAAAAAAGUAAAAAAAAGUGAAAGAUCAAAAUGAAUAUACUCUGAACAAAAACAUAAGCUAUUGAAACAGUCUGACAUGAUGAAACCCAAAGCCUGUGCAUUGUCAUUCAAAAAGCAGCAGUGGCAUUAAACUAAAGAUAAUGAGCUGAGAUAUAUGUUACUGAUCCUCUAGUUGCUUUGCUUAUAACCCCUUACUCCUGAAACACACACGCACACGCAUCUUGUAUAUGGCAUCCAAACAAAAAAGCCCCGCGCCUCCUGUAAAAUGCAUUUUGGCCGGCUGCUGGUCCUUCCUAACUACUUCCACAAGCAUCUGUGUCUAAUCGAUGUGGCAAGGUGGGCAGCCAUUGUCUUCAUCGCUUUUGGUUACAAAAGAAAUUUCCAUUUUUUUCUGCAUUCAACUCUGAACCUCAACUCAUUUCCUUAGUCACUCCCACCCAACAUGAGUUUUGAAAUGCAACUUUGCCUGUACUGUUUACUGGGUUUUGUACAUCUUCAGGGAAUGUGCAGUCGCUCUCACCCACAGCUACUUGUAAAUAUUGUAAUUCUGUACAGCUGAAGGGGAGACAGAUUUGGGACUGAAGGCCAGUACAUUGGGAGAUUUUUUUUGCUUCGUUUUUGUUUUUGUCAGACUAGCGCUCACCUUGCCACAUCACUUCUCUACACCUCGGUUGCCCCUCUGCCUAUCGCCGUAGUUGUGCAUGAUUAGAUUAAAACUGUGCAAAUCACACUGUAUGCUAGAGAGAGAGAGAAAAAAAAAACAGUCUGUACAGAGACUUAUAUUCAUGUGCUAUGUAAACUAACUCCACCACAGACAUUAGAAGGCGGGGUCUGGUCUCAGAAGGACAGGGGUGUGUCUGUGAAACACGGGCAAGCUGAAAAAAUGGUAAAAUAAGGAUGAAACGGUCUGUGUUCUCAGAAAUAAUUUGCACUGGUGAGUAAUCUCCAUGCUGUUUCCCCUGGCGAUGUACAAACAGUCCCACCACCACCCCAUGGGCUGACCUACGGCGUUGCAUGUCACUGUAUAAACCGCCACCGUCGAAAGAAUUGGAAAUGUUUCACUGUGGUUCAACCACAAAGAGGCUUCUUCCAAUUAUUUGACUCCUUUAACACCAUUCAAUGAGACAAAGGUGAAACAGUGGAGAGGUUUAAGGGCAAACAAGGAGUGUUAACUUUGAAGCUGUGACUUCACCUGACAAAUAAACACGCUCUUAUUGUUACCGCAUGCUACGCAAUCAUACUUUAAAUAGGCCGCUGGAUAGGAUUCGACUGCCAUAAUUCCUGACUGAAUGGUUCAUCUAUUUAUGUAUACCAGUGGGAGGAAUCUGAACAUGGCUAGUUUAAUUUGGAGUAAAGGAGUGCAGCUGCACCAAAAAGAAGAAAAAAAGUCCCUAAACCACAGUUUGGUGAAAGGAUGUGGGAAGGCCUUGUUUAACCUCCAUUUUUUUUUUUUUUUCAGGAUUGCCCUAGUUAUUUAGCCACUCAAAUUGUGAGCUCUUUUAGCUCUUUUUUCAGCUUCGUCUCCAGCGCAUUCAAAGUUGUCGCAUCUUAAGUCUUUAGAGAUGUAGUACUUGUUCUGCACUGCUCAGCCGCACUCCACUGCAUUACACUGCGUUACCUGAGUGAAGUCGGCCCCUCCACCUUCUCCAAAUCAGACUAUAUCGGUGUCAAACGUUGUGCUACGUUUGUGCAGCAAAAAAUGGUGUUUGUGCUGCUAUGAUUUUAAAGAUACAAAGAAAUGUUCCUAGAGGUCAUCAAAGGUCAACCAGCCCCCCCCCCACCUUCUUCAAAUCAGAGAAAUGGGUGUCAAUUAACUCGACUACGUUUGUGCAGCAAAAACGUUUGUUUGUGCUGCUUUGGCUUUGAAGAUAUUAAUGAAAGGUUGAAAGUCAACCAGCCCCUCCACUUUUAUGAAAUCAAACAAAACUGGUGAACCUGAAUUUAGCUUCUUAUGAUAUUAAGAAUAUUAAUAAAUAUUCAAAGUGUCAAUGAUGAAAUUGUGUUUAUUUAAUAUUGAGGCAAAAUGGCAAAUUAUUUAAAGUCAGUAAUUUAAUGGGCACUAAAUAUUGUCACAACAAUGGCAAAUAGGGAUCCUAACAAACAAGCAAACAAACAAACUAAAUGUGCCCAAAAGUAUGUUGUAUGUUGCUACGGUUACAUUGAAAUUGUUUUAGAAAUAUAUAUAUAUAUAUAUUUCAAAUCCUAUCCAUUUUUAGGUAGUUUGUUUGACAACCCAUUGGUUGGAAUAAAAGAAGGAUGGAGAGUUAAAAGGAGGAAAGCCUAGAAAGGAAGGAAAGAAAGAAGAAAGGAAGAAACAAUUACAUGUGAUAUGUUUUGAUUUCCAUUGCCAUAAGUGCCACAUUUUGUUUUUCUGCUAUUAUAGCGACCCAGUAAGAUAACUGCUAAUGGUCUCUUCGUCACAACCUCGCUUGAACUGCACAGCAUGAACUAAGCCGAUUGAUAACUCCUGGCUUAAGCCAUUGUUUGUUAAAUAAAUUGUCAAAAUAAAAAUGCAGCAGGAUGUCUCCACUGUACAGAAAGGUGUGGAGAAUUGCUGAGUUGGUGGCGUCUGCCUGUAUAUAGUCUCAAUCUCAGCAGCACAACAUAAUUGUUUUCCUGCAGUCUAGCCACAAAACUGUGCACAUCCAAAAAAAUCCCAAAAAAAUCCUGACUUCGAACAGCUACUUUGUUAACACUCCUGAAGCCAGUGCAGUGUAGGUACCACAGAGAAGAGGGCGACUGAGGUUGGCGUCUCCAGAAAAAGCUACGACUAGCUUGGCUUUCUGUUCAGGGUCUGGGUCAGGGCAAUCUUUCAAAAACAGGGUGCGACUUUGAAAUGUUUUGUGUUUUAAAAUGUUCAAAUAAUUUUUUUUUUCACCUAAAGGAGCUCCACAGCUUGAGUUGGCUCCUUUGUACCACAAAUACACACAGUAGUGUUACAGUUUUUCUACAAGGCAUUUCUGAACCAUGUAAACACUCUCUUCUUUUUCAUAUCUUGACAUGUUCCUGGUCACAGUAAUAUUGACAUGUCUUAAUGUCUUUCCCCCCACCUCCUCUUUUCUGAAUGUGAACUGUUAAUCAUUUUAUUCAACAUCCCUCUGGACAAUUUUCUUGUGAUUAAAGGUGCUUUUGAUCCUGGUUAAUGUGCCUGAAGAAGAAGAAGGUUUUGUCGCACAAACUGCUGUCUUUUUUUGUCCCCCCAACACCGAAUGUAGAAACAGAGUUUCACAAGCACGCAUGUCAUUGUCCUGAAAUUUUAAGUGGUGACCUAAUCCGGACCUUUACUGCUGUUGCUUUCAAGAAUGUCAAAGACAAACUCAGUUGUGUGUUUUGGAAGUUGUUUGUGUGUCUCUUGGUGUUCAGUCACAUUAACCAACGGAUUCAAAAACUUUACUGUCAAUCAUGAUCCAGAUUUUUGCGGAAAUAUUUCAAGGUGAUCUCGUGUGUUCAGAAUCAACAACAUGUAUGUCUCUCAGACUUUUAUCUGUAACCUGAGGAUGACUGACCUGUCAUUUAGCCAUAACAUUGCAAAUACUAAAAAAAAAGAAGUAUACACGUCACAGGUUAGGAUACGUCUUGUAGUAUUGACCCCCAACCUACUGAUUUUCUUUCACACAAGCUCAACUGUAAAUAAUAACACUCCAAAAAAAAUGCAAUAAACAUUUUUAUUGCACUCAAACAGGGAGGCAAACUACUGUGAGGGUCAGGCGAAGUGUCUCCAAAAAUGAAACCCUGUAUAGCUCAUCUGAAUCAGGUGAUGUUGUUCUUCAGUUCUUUUCCGACUCCUUCGCUCUUGAUUCUUUUGCUCCGUGCUGUUUUAAACAAGUCAUUCUUUUUGACAUUGUCAGGUUAAACACAAAAAGAAACUGUAUCUGUUUCACGCUGAUCUCAGAGCUUCAGAAUAUAGCGUUUCGAGUAAAAGUCAAAAUUGAUGCAAAUGAAAACAGAACAAAACAAGCAAAAAAAAGAUUUAAAAAAAAUAUUGAAAGCUGUUACUGUAAACACAACAUUUUAAAGGAACUGUGUAUGUACAAAUAGUAUAUGUAUGUGAUUGAAAAUAAAGAAAACCUUUGAUCUUGGA